CCUAUUUGCUUCUCUACCAGUCUCUUUCUUCUCUGAUUGAUUGUUGAACAAAUCCACUGAUCGAAGUUCCUUGAAUCUCUUCAAAUCUUCGGUUGAAAGUUUUGUGAAACUAAAAUGGUGUCCACGUUCAGCGGCGACGAAACUGCUCCUUUCUUUGGCUUCCUCGGGGCCGCUGCUGCCCUCGUGUUCUCCUGUAUGGGAGCGGCUUACGGGACGGCCAAGAGCGGUGUCGGAGUAGCGUCGAUGGGGGUGAUGAGGCCGGAGCUGGUGAUGAAAUCGAUCGUCCCCGUCGUUAUGGCUGGGGUUUUAGGUAUUUAUGGGUUGAUUAUUGCGGUUAUUAUAAGCACCGGGAUUAACCCAAAGGCCAAAUCUUACUACCUAUUCGAUGGAUAUGCUCAUCUUUCCUCUGGUCUCGCUUGUGGCCUCGCUGGUCUCUCUGCCGGCAUGGCUAUUGGAAUCGUCGGCGAUGCUGGUGUUAGGGCCAAUGCCCAACAACCAAAGCUUUUUGUUGGAAUGAUUCUUAUCCUCAUUUUUGCGGAGGCUUUGGCUCUGUAUGGACUCAUUGUCGGCAUCAUCCUCUCUUCCCGAGCCGGUCAAUCCCGAGCGGAAUAAAGUGCAAUUCUAACUUCUAAGACUUGGAUAGUUGCUAGUUGAUGUCACUUGGUUGUCUCCUCUCCGGUUUCGUUUCAUGCUGCUAGCAUGGAUUGUGGAAACAUUUUAUAAGAAGUUAUGUUGAAUCCAAGAAUGAAUUUCUUCCACUGGUGUUUGUGUGAUUGAGAAGAUAGAUUUAAUUUGGAAUAAAUCUUGUUUUGCAUUUUUUCUAAUUUACAUGUAAGUUGAAUUUAAUGUGAAGGCUAAAGAACACCAUUGUUAAGUUCUUUCAACUGUCAUCUUCUUGUU